AUGUCUGCGCGAUCAGCAAGGCUGUCGAAGUACUUUCAUCAUGUCGAGCAAGGGAAGAAGAAGGUGGAGAAGACUUCUGACGCCAAACUGUUCCUUGAAGCUUUGUGUGAGCAACCGAAUCGCGUUCACUGCAUAGAAAGAUUGUUCUCGAGCGCCAAUGCGCUCGAGUCGCUUCAAAAGAGCAUGCGUUUUGACCUGUCCGUGGAAUUUUUGAACGGGCCUGCGGCGGACACACUCAUGUAUCUCAAAGAUCCCGACGUUGAACAACUCUGCAAUGGACAAAUUCUCCAAAGGAUCAUCCAAUCCAUCGUCCAGCCUCCAACGUUUUGGAAUACCCUUGUCGAGACGCACAAUGGCAAACGUCUCGACGAAAAGUCCGAAAUCUCCUUUGCCUGGCUCCUUCUACACUUGUUGAGCCGGCCUUCUUGUCCAGAUGAGAUAGUCCACGUGGCGAGAACUACCGUCAAAGAUCGAUCUCUGCUUGAUUCCACCUCUUUCGAAGUUCGCUCACUUGGGUACAAGAUUCAGAACGUGCUGGAAACGAAGUCGACAACUCUUCCCCAUCUCGACGACUACAGGCCCGGAGGGAGACACGACAACGAUUUUGAAGACUUCCACAAAAUUUGCAUCCUUCCGACUCCCGAUGAAAUUGCUUCCACCGAGACACCUUUCUACCGAAGAGCAAACGAAGUCUAUGCAGCGGAGCCCCAACAUCGGCCAGCGAUGCAUUUCGACAAUCAAUUCCGCCUUCUCAGAGAAGACUUCCUCGCAGAGCUUCGCAAUGAUCUUCAAAUAGCGCAAGGACAGAAAAAGGGAAGAAGAUCGGCGGAUCUGAUCAGUGGCCUCGCCUUCAUGGGCAUUGAUUGCGGAACAGAGACCAGAAGAAAACCCUGUUCUCUGACUUUUCGCUGUGAAAGAGGGCUUCCUGCAAUAUCCAACAUUCCAAAACCGGAGAGGAAAAGGUUCCUCGCAGACAAUCGGAAUAUCUUGAAACAUCAAUCGUUUGGGUGCUUGCUAGCGGGGAAAGAGGUUGUUGCAUUCGCUUCGAUCGAUCGAAAUGAGGAUCUGCUGGCCGAAGAUGUUCCAGUGCUUGCUUUGCAGAUGGCAGAAAGUGAUUCGGUGACGAGAAUCCUUUCUAGAGCCAAAAAGACAGAACCUUUUUAUUUUGUCGUCGUCGACACCGCCGUGUUUGCGUACGAACACAUUCUUCGGCGACUGCAGGAGAAGACCGACUUCCCGCUCUCAGACUGUCUGUUGGCAUCAACACCCUCAUUACAAUGUCUGGACAUUGGAUGCGGCUUGUCACGCAUCGUCAAAGAGAUUGAAGCGACCAAGGGCCAAAAUCUUCAACGGGUUCUAGGGACAUCGAAGAAGAUCUCCCUCGACAAUUCACAAUUUGAGUCGCUGAUCACAGGCUUGACGCAUUCUUUGAGUCUCAUUCAAGGCCCUCCUGGGACCGGAAAAUCUUUCAUCGGAGCUCUGCUAGCCAAAGUCCUGCACGACCACACAAAUGAGACGAUCUUGGUGAUAUGUUAUACCAACCAUGCACUGGACCAAUUCUUGGAAGACCUCAUGGAUAUCGGAAUACCCACCGAAUCCAUGGUGAGACUUGGAUCGAAGUCGUCGGACCGAACGAGGAAACUCGGCUUGGCCGAGCAGUCCGUGGGCACGAACCCCGUUCGAUUCUCGUGGAACUUCGUCAAUGUCCGAAAAGAAGAAUUGAAGGAUCUGGAACAGAAGUUGAAAUCCAAGUUGGCUGAAUUCAGUGCUGAUGUCAACAAACGUCAGUUGCUGGAAUAUCUGGAGUUCUCCGAAGAUGCGGAUUUCUGUGAAGCAUUCACCGUACCCGAAGAAGACGACGGAAUGCAACGCAUCGGUAAGGGAGGCCGCCGUGUUCACCCUUAUUACUUACUGGAUCGAUGGACCACGGGGCGGAAUGCCGGAAUCUUCCAAUCAAUAGUCAAGAAAGAGCAUUCUCAUGUCUGGGACACACCUCUUCGGGCUCGUCAGGAAAACCUGCAGCGCUGGAGAGACAAUAUUUGGCGUGAAUACCUGGAAGCCAUUGCUCCUUUGUUUGAUGAUUUCAAUCGCAUCCAGAGUGAGAUCGAGGAAUAUUUCUAUCAGACGAAAAACUCUGAGAUUCUCCAAAAGAAACGCAUCAUCGGCUGCACUACGACAGCGGCGGCAAAAUAUGCACAAGCACUACAGGCAGCAAAACCAGGGGUCAUUUUAGUGGAAGAGGCGGGCGAAAUCCUUGAGAGUCAUGUCCUGACGGCAAUGACCGCGGACACGAGACAACUUAUCUUGAUUGGAGAUCACAAACAGCUACGACCAAAAGUGAACAACUACAGUCUGACGGUCGAAAAGGGCGAGGGAUUCGACCUCAACAGAUCUCUGUUUGAGAGACUGGUGCUUACGGGGUACCCCCAUACCACGCUUUCGGAACAGCAUCGAAUGCGUCCAGAAAUAUCUCAACUCAUUCGACAUCUGACCUAUCCGGACCUCCUGGAUGCUGGCAAAACCAAAAAUCGGCCCCAUCUGCGUGGUUUCCAAGACAAUAUCAUUUUCGUGAAUCAUGAGAAACCAGAGCUUGACCUGAAUGGCGUGUCGGAACGGCGGGAUCCCACCACCAAAGGAAGCAAACAGAAUCCUUUCGAGGUUGAGAUGGUCCUCAAGUGCGUCCGAUACAUCGGACAGCAAGGUUACGGAACAGACAAGAUUGUGGUUCUUACCCCAUAUUUGGGACAACUGCAUCUUCUGAGAAAGGAGUUAAGCAAGACCAACGAUCCCAUGUUGAAUGAUCUUGACUCUCACGACCUGGUCCGGGCUGGACUCGUUACACCAGCCAGCGCUAAACUGACAAAGCGUCCAAUAUUGAUCUCCACGAUCGACAAUUACCAAGGCGAGGAGAGAGAGAUUGUAAUCGCUACGCUUACCCGCAGCAAUAAAGCAGGAGACGUGGGAUUUAUGGCAGCCCCGGAAAGACUCAAUGUGCUACUUUCGCGCGCACGCAAUGCUUUGAUUCUGAUCGGGAACUCUACUACCUUCCUCGGCAGCAAGAAAGCAAAGACCGCCUGGCAACCUUUGUUUGACCUUUUGACUAAGAAUGGCCAUGUUUAUGACGGUUUUCCCGUGAAGUGCGAGAGACAUCAAGAUCGGAAGACGAUAAUACGAGCCCCAGAAAGCUUUGAUGUCGAAUGUCCUGAUGGCGGCUGUUCCGAUCCAUGCUCGGCGAUGCUCCGUUGUGACGUUCAUGUCUGCCCUCAGCGUUGUCACCAGGUUUUUGAUCAUUCAAAAAUGGAUUGCACCAGCAUUGUCGAAAAAUUAUGCGCAAAGAAGCAUAGAUACAGCUGGCGAUGUCAUCGAGGGCCGCCCAAAAUCUGCCCGAAAUGUGAACGGGAGCAACAAAUAGAGAACGAGAAGAAGCGAAGAGAUUUCGAAUUAGAGUUGAGGAGACAGGAACGUCAAAAUCAACACGCCCGGCAGCUAGCCGAGUUGCAGCAAAAGAUCGAAGAAGAAAGGGGUAUUUUAAAGGAUAUCGCAGAUGAAAAGGAACGGCAGAGCACUCUCGCGCAGAAAGUGAAAGACCUCGAAACCCUGAGAAGCAAAACGGAACGCGCUCGACAGUCUCGCGCUGAGCCGCCGACGACCUGGUCCAGAGAUGCACACUCACCUGCUGAUGGAUCGACUCCAGGCGAUGCUGCAAAGCAAGCACUGGGCCGGGCUAUCUUAUGUGAAAGUUCCCAAAUCCCGUUGGAAGCAUCGGCGGCACAAGAUGAAUGGGAGCGGCAGAAGAAGCUAGAAGGGCAGUCGAACGAAGCUUUGGAUUCCCUCAUGGGAAUGAUUGGUCUGGAAGAAGUCAAAGAUAUGUUCCUAUCCAUCAAGACGAAAGUGGACGUAACGGUUCGGCAAAACACCAAUUUGAGAGAUGAAAGAUUCAGCGCGGCUCUUUUAGGAAAUCCAGGAACCGGGAAAACUACCGUCGCACGCUUAUACGCCAAAUUUCUUAGUUCCGUGGGUGUCAUACCUGGUGAUUUUUUCGUCGAAACCUCAGGCUCUCGACUGGCCAAUGAUGGGAUUGCAGGGUGCCGAAAACAUCUUGAAGAGAUUUGCAAUAGUGGCGGUGGGGCACUCUUCAUCGACGAAGCCUACCAGUUGGUGUCCGGACAGAAUUAUGGAGGAAAGCAAGUGCUCGAUUUCCUGCUCGCAGAAGUGGAGAAUCUCACUGGAAAAAUCGUUUUCAUCCUGGCCGGCUACAACAAAAAUAUGGAGGACUUCUUCGCACACAAUCCUGGGAUACCGAGCAGGUUUCCAGUCAAAUUCCAAUUUGGCGAUUACUCUGACGUCGAGUUGCAAACAAUUCUUCGACACCGCAUAGAACAAAAAUACAAUGGAAGAAUGGAAAUAGACGGCGGAAUUGACGGCCUGUACAUUCGAAUAGUCUCAUGUCGCAUUGGGAGAGGCCGUGGGCGCGACGGGUUUGGGAAUGCCAGGUCUGUACGGAACGAAUUUUCACGAAUAGCUGACCGUCAAGCAAGGAGGCUUCAACAGGAACGUCGGCUGGGUAGACAGCCUGAUGACAUGUUCCUUACCAAGGAGGACCUAAUUGGUCCAGAACCUGCUUCCGUACUAAAAGGAAAUACGGCUUGGGAGAAGCUUCAGAACCUGACAGGGCUGGAAAGUGUCAAGCAGACUGUCCAAUCACUUUUUGAUACUAUCCAGUCCAAUUACCAACGCGAGCUGGAGGAAAAGAAGCUGGUCGAAUAUUCCCUCAACAAAGUAUUCGUGGGAAAUCCAGGAACAGGCAAGACAACAGUGGCGAAACUGUACGGUCAAAUUCUUGCUGAUAUAGGGUUACUAUCGAGCGGAGAAGUGGUUGUCAAGAACCCUUCAGAUUUUGUCGGAAACGUCCUCGGAGCGUCUGAGAGCACAACAAGAGGAAUCCUGGCUUCCACGAUAGGCAAAGUUUUGGUUAUCGACGAAGCUUACAUGCUCUAUGGCGGGUCCUCGUCCACGGGAGGACCAUCAAUUUCGGAUCCUUACAAGAUGGCCGUCAUUGACACCAUUGUUGCCGAAGUACAGAGCGUUCCUGGUGAUGAUCGCUGUGUCCUGUUGCUCGGAUAUAAGGAGCAGAUGGAGUCGAUGUUUCAGAAUGUCAACCCUGGGCUCUCCCGACGUUUCCCCAUGGAUUCAGCUUUUGUCUUUGAUGACUACACCGACGACGACUUGCAGAAAAUUUUGAACUUGAAACUCAAUCAAAUCGGCUUUAACGCGACUCCAGAAGCAAAGGGAGUGGCUCGUGAAUGCCUCCGUCGGGCCCGUGAUCGGCCUCAUUUUGGCAAUGCUGGGGAAGUAGAUAUUCUCCUUGACAAAGCCAAGAUGGAGCAUCAGAAACGAUUGUCGUCAAGGCAAACGAAGAUCAUUGACACUCUCGAACCUCUCGAUUUCGACGCGAACUACAACCGGGCCGAGCAGGCUCCCACGAAUUGCAGGAAACUGUUCGAGGACGUUGUUGGUUGUGACGAGAUCAUUCACCAGCUCGAAGGCUACCAACGGACGGCUUCCAAUAUGAGAAAACUGAAUAUGGACCCGCGAGAGCAGAUCCCCUUCAGUUUUCUGUUUCGAGGUCCCCCAGGCACCGGCAAAACCUCGACGGCAAGACGAAUGGGAAAGAUCUUUUAUGAUAUGGGAUUCCUGGCCAAUGCCGAAGUGAUUGAGUGCUCAGCAACGGAUCUCGUGGGCCAGUAUGUUGGGCAAACGGGUCCAAAAACGCAGGGUUUGCUGGAGAAGGCGCUCGGCAAAGUGCUGUUCAUUGACGAGGCUUACCGGCUGGCUGAAGGCCAGUUUGCGAAAGAAGCCAUGGACGAGUUAGUCGACACCAUGACAAAACCCAAGUUCGCACAGAAGCUCAUCAUUAUACUCGCCGGAUAUGAUGAGAAUAUAAAUCGCCUGAUAUCCAUCAAUCCAGGUCUCACGAGCCGCUUUCCCGAGACCGUUUGCUUCAAGAACCUCUCUGCGGAACAGUGCUUGGAAUUGUUCCAAAAUUGCCUCCAGAAAAGCAACAAGAUCGACAGCACCGCUGUGCAAACGCCAUCCACUACAUUCAAAGCGACACUUCUCGAACUCUUUGGCCGCCUCGCUAAAUCUCCUGCUUGGGGGAACGCCAGGGACGUCAAGACACUGGCCAAGUCUGUCCUAAACAAAGUCCUCUCCGGAACGGUCGACAAUGUCGCCUUUGAAAUAACAGAGGAUAUUGUGCUGUCCACGAUCCAAGCGAUGGUUUCAGACCGCGAAGACCGGAAGAAGUCAGCAGCCAUGUCCCGACAACCAAAGCUCCCAACCCAGCUUCUCCCCCGUCGAAAUGUUCCUCUCCCCCCUGUGUUGAGCACUGCGACCAAUAUUGCCCCUAGAGCCGAGGAAGCAUCUCCUCCACCUCCGGCUCCACUGUCACAAAGUCUCGAGCAGGCAAAGUCUGGUCGUGACCCCGACGUCUCGGACGACGUCUGGAAUCAACUACAAUCUGAUCAACAUUCUGCUGAAGAAAACGAAAAGAAGCAUUACCAGCUCCUCGGAGAAGAAGAAGAUGCGAAGCGCGAGCUUAAUUCGAAGGUCGAUGCAGAACUUGAAACAAAGCAGCGUGUCGAGGAGGAAUCAAAUGCCGAGGCUAGACGGUUGCUCGAAGAAGAGUUGCACAAGCGUGAGAAGGAGCGGCUGGCAUAUCUGGAGAAAGUGGCAAGGAUGGUGCAAGAGAGACAACGAAGAGAGGAGGAGAGGAAAAAAGAGAAGGAAGCACAGAAGAAAUUGAGGGAAAUGGGAGUGUGUGUGGCAGGCUUCCGCUGGGUCAAACAGGCCGGCGGCUAUCGCUGUGCAGGAGGAUCUCAUUUUGUCUCUGAUGCACAAAUAGGGCUUUAA